AACCAACUAUCCUUAAUACUUUGACUAGUGUUGGAGUAUGGAAUGGUAACAUGUUCUAUCUUGCUGCACCUAUCCCAAUCUCGCCCAUACUGUGCAGCCAUUGUAUUAUUUUGUGGGUGGAAUUUGUGUAACUGCAAAAGUCUUACUUUCCAUAAGUUACACUAAGAGAAACUUUGCACAACUAGCAGUUAAAAUUCUUAUAAACUGUUCUCAGGAGAUGUAUGAACUCUGGUAUAUAUAUGUAACUGGUGGUGUGUAUGUCUGGCAGGGACGGAGGAGUAAGAGAGGAAUGGCGAGACGAAGGGGCUGCCUCGCUGAACUAUCUCCAGUUGUCACUGCCCACUGACUGUGUACAUUUCAUCAGCGAUGCCGCCUCACUCAGGAGAUGUGGAAACAGGCUGACUCAGAGGGGAGCUUUAAUUGGAGUCGAUGCGGAGUGGAGGCUUCCAAUAUGCAAUGGCUGGGAAGAGAGGAUGGCGGUGCUCCAGCUGGCAGUGAAUGACUCAGUCUACCUGCUGGACAUGUUGGCUCUGCCUCACUGCGUCCCUCAUUCUGAACUCAGGGAAUUCAUGUUCGACGUCUUCUCCAACCCCUCCACUCUCAAACUUGGCUACAGUGUUGGAGGAGACCUGGAGCUCCUCGCACGGUCUUGGCCGUUUGUUGCGGAAGUUCUGAGCUCUGCUGCUAGGAUUGUGGACAUCAAGACACUUGCCUCCAUGGUUGACAGUUUGUCGAGCGCUGUUCAGGCCCCGCCCCCUGAGUUCCCUCCCCACCCCCUCCUCUCUCGCAACCCCCCCGGGAUGAACAGACCCCUCGAAACCUCCAGACCCCCUCACCUACACACCCCUCCCACCGACACCAGAAAAAAGCCACCACCGGCAAAAUUGGACCCCCGGGGGGAGGAGAGGGAGGAGGACCCCCUAGAGACUGACCAGCACAAAGGACUGAGUCAGUUGGUCCACAGGGAACUGGGGAGGCCCCUGGAUAAAUCGCAGCAGAUAUCUGACUGGGAGAAGAGGCCUCUUUCUAUAGAGCAACUGAGAUAUGCAGCUCUGGAUGCCUUGUGUCUACUGCAGCUCUAUCCCAUCCUGACUGCCCGCGGUCUCUCCAUUGACUCCCACUUUAACACUGAGCCAUGCAUCUCACCUCACUCUUACCACUCUCUUACUAACAGGAAAGGAAAGAAGGAGUAAAUCAACAAAUCACAAAACUUGUAAUUAAUGAUAUGUAAUAGCUGUCUUAACGAGAUGGACAUCACUUGUACGUAAUCAUGUAAUUAUAAUAUGGG